AUGCCCGUCGGCAGCCUGCGCGCGGCCGCGGUCCUCCUGCUGGGGAUCGCGCAGCUGCCGCCUUCCGGCGCAGCCCCGCGGAACGGAUCCAAGUGGACCUAUGUUGGUGCUGACGGGGAGAGGAGCUGGUUCAAGAAGUACCCGUCCUGCGGGGGCCGUCUGCAGUCCCCGAUAGACCUGCACGGUGACACCCUGCAGUAUGACGCCAGCCUGGCGCCCCUCGAGUUCCAGGGCUACAACGUGUCUGCUGACAAGCAGUUUAACCUGACCAAUGACGGCCACUCCGUGAGACUCAACCUGCCCCCGGACAUGCACCUCCAGGGCCUCCCGUCCCGUUACACUGCCACGCAGCUGCACCUGCACUGGGGGAACCGCAAUGACCCUUACGGCUCCGAGCACAUCGUGGGUGGGAAGCAGUUCGCCGCUGAGCUGCACAUCGUCCACUAUAACUCAGAUCUGUACCCUGACAUCAGCACCGCCAGCAACAAGUCGGAAGGCCUUGCCGUCCUGGCGGUUCUCAUUGAGAAGGGCUACUUCAAUCCGUACUACGACAGGAUCUUCAGUUUCCUGCGAUACGUGAAGUACAAAGGACAGAACGUGCGCAUCCCGACCUUCAACAUUGAGGAGCUGCUUCCCGAGAAGCCCGAUGAGUACUACCGCUACCGGGGCUCCCUCACCACCCCUCCCUGCUACCCCUCCGUGCUCUGGACGGUUUUCCGGAACCCUGUGAGCAUUUCCCAGGAGCAGCUGCUGGCUUUGCAGACAGCUCUGUACUUCACACGUGCAGACGAUCCUUCCCCUAGAGAAAUGAUCAACAACUUCCGGCCCAUCCAGAACUUCGGCGUGAGGCUGGUGCAUGCCUCCUUCCAAGAAGUGCAAAUCCUUACCGGCACGGGACUGAGUGUGGGCAUCAUCCUCUCGGUGGCCCUGGCCGGCGUUCUUGGCAUCUGCAUUGUCCUGGCAGUGUCCAUUUGGUUUUUCAGAAGGAAAAAGGGUAGCAAAAAAGGUGACAACAAGGGGGUCAUUUACAAACCAGCCAUCAAGAUGGAGACCGAGGCCCACGCCUGAAGGUCAGGGCUCUCUCAGACGUGUAAAGAAGGACCUGGCUUUGGACACCACCCAGCUGUGGCUCUCUCGACACUCAGAAUGCCCCAAGGUGUUCUCUGAGCUCAAUCUGCAAACACUCAGAUGCCUGGGGGACCUCCAGCUCCCCCAGCACUCUGGGGCCACCGUCAGAGUGAUGUGAUCCAUGGGUGGGCUGAAUGCCUGGGUCAGGAGGCUGGAGCUCUGAGCUAUGGGCUGUUUCUGUGUGAGAUGGGUCAGGAGUCUGGAUUCUGGCUGGAAAACAUGUCCACCCAGGGCUUCAGUCACGCGUGCUCUCAAGUGUCUUGGAAAUUCUGCUCAUUCUCCAAGCUUCCAGACUAGAAUGUGUACUCUCUGCUUGUGUUUUGCUUUUGAAACUCAGUUUUUUUCCUCGGGGGAGGAAGAGCUGUUGCUGGCUGAUUUCCCCCUGUGACAAAACCUUCAGUCUGACCUCACAAUUGUAGGGGAACAGUUGAGACGGGAAGGGCCAACUUCUUGGAAAGGAAAACAAGAGAUACAGUUUGUAAUAUAUUAGGGGCGCUUUUCACAGUCCUGCCCUUUGGGUCACAGACACUGAAUGGACCUAGAGAAAGAGUUUCAAGUUCCUUUUUUUUCUUUUUAUGGAGGUGAGGGGAGAGAGACACCCACAGAGACAAGGAGUUGGAGGGAAGGUGAGAAGGUGGGGGUGGUCUGGGAGACUCUCACUUUGGAGUCUGAAUUGGAACCACAAGUUGUUUAUCAAGCCACAACGUGCAGGCAGAAUACUAGUCCAAAUCCAACCUCCUGAUUGUUUUUAUACUGUACAGAUCUCAUAAAUAGUUUGACUGUUCCUUGAAAAUGUGUUUUCUUUCUCUAGAGCAGACACGGAGUUCUGAGGUGACCCAGUCUGCUUUUGAGUCUAGAAUAGACAAAAGCAAAAUGACUGUAGCGCUCCACCUCCUACCCAAAUCCCACUUCUGAGUGUCCCUUCUGCCAACCUGGGAUUGGGUCUGAUCUACUCCCGACUUUGAGGAUAUCACAUUGUGUUAAGUUAAAAUAUAUUUUCAGGCUCUAAAGGCCAAACGUUAUCUGUACAGGGGUUGGUACUGUUGUCGUAUUGAGGGACCAAAGAUACUGGAACAUUACUAAGUCUCCAUAUUCCUCCCCCAAGCCACAGUUUUAGAGAAGCCUUAACUCCUUCCUCGUUGUCCUGCCAUGGAAGUGGAGGUCAGUUAGUUCCACAACAGAGAAGGGGUCGCAGUCACCAAGCCCCUACUGCUAGCUCCUGGCUGUUUCCAGAGAGUGCUGAGUCCCAGCUCCUUUCGACAGCAUGGAAUGUCCUUUUAAAGCACAGGUCUCUUUAUACAGUUUCCCUCUACUCUUCCCUCUGACUUUAGAGAUUCUCUCCAUCAUCACAACGUUUCGUGUCUUUCAGUCUGUGUGUCUGUACACCAGAUGUCUGACAGCCUCGGAGCCAAUGGUGGUGCCGCGGCUUUGCCAUUAGCACACGCGAUGCAUCAUCUGAUCACAGCAGGGAAGGUAUUGUGACCACGCCAUGUGGAUUCCGUGGUUUCUGCCUUGGCCCAUGGUGGCCAAUCAAGACCACUUCAGGAAACUCUGAGGAUGAGAGAACAGAGAGAUGACUGUGCCUGGCACAGGGCUGCUCACGGAGAGACUAAUUUACUAAGUAGAAACACAGUGGCAUUUCUCUUUCCCUCUUUGCUGUCAGCACAGGCCAGGCUCUUGGGUCUCCUGCCUGAGACAAAAAGGGCCGGUUGGGGCCGGCGCUGUGGUGUAGCGGGUAAAGCUGCUGUCUGCAGUGCUGGUAUCCCAUAUGGGCACCAGUUCGAGUCCCGGCUGCUCCACUUCUGCUAUGGCCUGGGAAAGCAGUAGAAGAUGGCCCAAGUCCUUGGGUCCCUGCAUCCAUCUGGGAGACCUGGAAGAAGCUCCUGGCUUUGGAUCUGCAUAGUUCUGGCCGUUGUGGCCAAUUCAGGAGUUGACCAGUGGAAGGAAGACCUCUCCCCCACCUCCCUUUCUCUCUUUCUCUCUCUCUCUCCCCCUCUCUCUCUGCUUCCACUUCUCUGUAACUUUGCUUUCAAAUAAAUAAAUAAAUAAAUAAAUCUAAAAAAGAGGGGGGUGGCUGGGUGGGUGCUGUGCUGGGGCACAUGGCAGGUGGAGACAUAGCUAAAACAAACCACAGGAUGGGACAAGAGGUAUGGAAGGCCUGGCUUUUCUGGUCUUUCAUUUGCCUCUCACUAAUAAGGCUUCAAGUCUCUGUUCUAUUUCUUUAGUAUCCUCUGGUAAAAGUAGUAAAAAUCUGUAUCUUCAUCUUGAGUGGAUGACUCUAGGAUUUGGUGCACUGAUCCAGUGAUAUCAUAUCCAGUUCAAACCCUAAAUUCUCCCUUUCACAGUCUCCUGACCACCCCUCGGGCCCUGUGCUGACAGUCUGUCCAGUAAGUCUGUAUUUAUUGUCAGAAUGAUUGUAAUCAAG